AUGGCUUUCGUCCCUGAUUUGGACACACUGGAGAGCAGCAGCCUGAAUGACGAGACGUUUUAUGGUCCUGACUGCCUCUGCCUGCAGAAGAAACCCCAAUUGGACUUGGAGGUGGCAUCGCCUGGGGUGGGCAUCCAGGUGACGGUGACCAAGGGACACCCUGCCAGGACCUUUCGGCAGGCCGCUGUCCUCGUAGCAGCUGUGACCAAGCUGGCACACAAGGACUUUGCUGACAGUGACCUUGGGGACUUCCUGGAUGAUAUUUUCGAGCCUGUCUCCUUCCAGUGGGUUCAUGGCAGCUACGCCGGAGCACCUGUCUACCGCUACACCCGCUCCCAGUCCUUCGACAUCCAUGAUACUGACCAGAAGUGCUUCGUGCUGGAGUCACCCACUCAGCUGGUGGCCCUGCACCUGCAGGGACCCUCUGCCGGGCGGAAGGUGAAGCUCAACAUUGCUCUGUACCGUCCUCAGCCGUCGCAGGGUGGCCCAGAGGCCGGGCGGGUGCCGGUGGCAUUGGGCAUCAAGGGCUACCAACUCUUCAUGUCGUGUGUGCUGAGCGGUGCUGAGCCCGUGCUGCAGCUCGAGGAAGCUGACGUCAGGAGGGACAUCAGGAGCGUGGAGCUGACCCGCUUCAUCUUCUACCGCCUGGACAGCCCAGCCGAAGGCACCACGCGCUUUGAGUCGGCCGCCUUCCCCGGCUGGUUCAUCUGCACCUCCCUGCAGCCCCGCCAGCCGGUCAGCAUCACCAACCAGCCCGACCAGGUCAACAUCGCCACCUAUGAGCUGACCAGGCACUGA